AUGUCGUCUGAUGAGAGCGAUGGCGACUAUCAGGAGCAACGAGAGGAAGAAGAGGAGGAGGUGAAUAGUGGGUCUGGUUCAGAAAACGGAAACGAUGAAAAUGAAAAUGGCUCAGGAAGUGAGGACGAAGCACCGAAAAAGAAAAAUAGGAAGAGAAAAAUUAAUUCGGAAAGUGAAGACGAGGGGACUGGCGACAGCGAGAACGAAGAAGACGAAGAAGAGGAAGGUUCGCCUAAGAGUUCGAAAAAGCGCUCAAAAAAGAAACGGAAGGAUCGUCGUCCUCGCGGUUCGGACUUCAUUUUGCAAGAUGUCGAUGUUGAUGACGAAGAGCAGGACGAGGACGAUUGGGAUGAUGAAGAAGAUCGAGCUCUUGAACCAAAUGAAAAGGAAGAGGCUGAAAAGUACAUGAAGCAGCUUGAUGCGGAAAGAAGACGGAACGAAAGAAAUAAAUUCGCGAAUAUGAACGAAGAUGAAAUUGGUCGAUAUUUCGAAAAUAAAUACAAGACACAGCCCAUAAGAGACCUCGUUGAAGAAGAUUCCGCUUUGGAUGAUAUUUCACAACAUGGACUUCUACCUUCUACGAAGGAUCCAAAUCUAUGGAUUGUGAAGUGUAGGAUGGGCGAAGAAAAAUUGGUUGCAUUGCAGCUGAUGCGCAAAUAUUUGGCUUUUGAGAACACAAACGAGCCUCUCCAAAUAAAAUCCAUUGUUGUGAAAGAGGGCUUGAAAGGAAUAAUCUACAUCGAAGCCUUCAAACAGUCACAUGUUGCCAGUGCAAUUAAUGGCGUCUCCGCUUUGAAUCAAUUCAACGUUACGAUGGUACCUAUCAAAGAAAUGGUUGAUACUUUGCGUGUGGUUAAAGACGUUCCUGCACUGAAAGUCAACUCAUAUGUCCGACUCAAACGUACCAUGUACAAAGACGAUCUUGCUCAGGUGGAUUGGGUGGAUGUGGCGCAAAGUAAAGUGAACCUGCGCAUUGUCCCCAGAAUUGAUUAUACGAGAAUGAGAGGAGCAUUGCGAACCGAAGCGGAUCGUAACCAUAAGGUUAAGCGUCGUCCCAUGCCUCGACUUUUUGAUCUGGAUAGAAUCAAGGAAAUCGGAGGAGAAGUUACCAAUGACGGCGACUUUGUUAUCUUCGAAGGAAAUAGCUAUAGGCGUGGAUUCCUCUACAAGUCCUUCCCGAUGAAUGCUAUAAUUGCCGAAGGUGUCAAACCGACCUUGGCUGAGCUCGAGCGCUUCCAAGACACCAGUGAGGAUCUCAAGAAAGAGUAUGUUGCCUUCUUGUGCGAUGAACCGUCAACAUUCACGCAGCUAGCCGUUACGUCGGCUUAUUGA